GCGAUCAUCGCUCAGUCAAAAGUCACCUCGAUACGUCCGUGCAGAUAGACGCGACGCCGUUCCGAGUAUAUAAAGGCGUUCGACAAAUACGAUACGAAGUCAUUAUUCACCGCACAGGCGAGCCGUACGCACGCGUAUCGAUCCGCGUUUCGUUCGUUAUACAUUUUAAUAAAAACUAUCUCUGUCGACAUGUCCGGUCGCGGUAAAGGAGGCAAAGUCAAGGGGAAGGCAAAGUCACGUUCCAACCGUGCCGGUCUUCAGUUUCCCGUCGGACGUAUACACAGACUGCUGAGGAAGGGUAACUACGCGGAGCGCGUCGGUGCCGGUGCACCGGUAUACCUCGCGGCCGUCAUGGAAUACCUCGCCGCCGAAGUUCUCGAGUUGGCCGGCAACGCUGCCCGCGACAACAAGAAGACUAGGAUUAUACCGAGACAUCUUCAGUUGGCGAUCCGUAACGACGAGGAGCUUAACAAGUUACUCUCGGGCGUGACGAUCGCACAAGGCGGCGUCCUCCCCAACAUCCAAGCCGUUCUGCUGCCCAAGAAGACCGAGAAGAAGGCAUAAACUGACGGUGGCUGUGCGCGACA